UCUGUCAAUAAUACUACUCAUUUUCCCCACAGCCCCCAAUUCCCAUUCCGGAACCAACUUCUGAUUUUUAUUCUCUAGAUUUUCUCUCUCUCUAAAAUUAUCUCCAUCUCUUUUUGCCCUAAAUUUCCUCCAUCCUCGAUCAUCUCCUCAAGAAAUGGCUAAUGCAGCGUCGGGGAUUGCUGUGCACGAUGAUUGCAAACAAAGGUUUUUGGAAUUGAAGGCCAAAAGGACUUUCCGUUUUGUUGUCUACAAAAUUGAAGAGAAGGAUAAGCAAAAGCAAAUUAUUGUGGAGAAACUUGGUGAGCCAGCUGAAAGCUACGAAGAUUUCACUUCCAACCUUCCUGCCGAUGAGUGCCGAUAUGCUAUCUAUGAUUUUGAUUUCGUGACUGCAGAAAAUUGCCAAAAGAGCAAGAUUUUCUUCAUCCAUUGGUCUCCUGAUACCGCAAGGGUGAGGACCAAGAUGAUUUACGCGAGUUCAAAGGAGAGGUUCAAGAGAGAGCUUGACGGAAUUCAGGUAGAGUUGCAAGCAACUGAUCCUACUGAGAUGGAUCUUGAUGUCAUUAGAAGCCGAGCUGUUUAAUAAUAUGAUGAUUUCUGAACCCUGUGCAUUGGAGUUUUGCCCUCCAAUGCAGUUGCUUUUACUUAAAAUGAAAUGUCUAUAUUCUAUGGGACGGUUGAUUUGGCUUAGAUAUGAUGUGUUGGCUUGUUUACCAUAGAAUCAUAUCUCAAUAUAGGACCGACUAUUUCUCUGUUAUUUGUUAUUUGUGACAAGUACCUUAUCUCUUGUAGUCUGAUCUACAAGCUAAUAUGUAACAGUUUGUGCGGGUAAAUGACACCCUUGGUUUGUUCUUCCUCUUCACUUUCUGAAUUUGGAGAUGUUUGACAUCUUUUAUAUCUCAAUCUGUUUCGGUUAUUACA